AUGAUUCACCUGUCAGCGAUGACAUUGCUGAUGCUGCAGUUCGUCCAGCUGGUUCCCAGUAUUCUGUCAUCGAAUCCAACCGUCACUCAGCCUCACCCAGUUGACAAUUUCGAGGGGCUCAGCACCCUGUCCAAACAUUUCGACAGCCCCACCCAGUCCCCAUCGAUUGCCGACUAUAGUCCCAGUUCCGACAACGAUUCCGCAUCCAACAACGCCACAAGGAUUCUGCGGCGGGGCAAGCGUUAUCUCCAAUUCAGCAAGGGAUCACGUAUGUCGUGGCGAACCAAUGGCAAGAACAUCUGGACCAUCAACACGCUGUGGGCCUACGGCUAUGGCUUCCGAGCCAACUAUCCCUUCCCGUCCAUCGAGGAGCAGAAGAAGGACAAUGCCGUCUUCUUUCGCCUGUUUAAAAGGGACCUCUUCUCUAAACUGGAAACGCUCUGGAUGGGUAAACAUGGCUUUGAUGGCCGAGCUUGCAUGUUGAAAUCCUUCUGCACCGCCUUGAACGAUGUGGAUAGCCCAAAACAAAAGAGCGGAAUGCUCUUCAAAAUUCUGAAAUUGAUUUCAGGUGAGUCGACCACAUACUCAUUUCCCAGCUUAAGUAGAGCAAGGUUUAUAUCUGAUAUUAUAGAGACCACUCGAAUAUUUGUGGGUACCAAAUGGGAGCCUCAACUAAAAAACUAUAGCCUAAUCCUUAAUACAUAGCUUACUAUUUGUUCCACUUUUAAGUUCCGCGUUAAUGCCAAAAACAAUGUGAUCUCAUCGCCGACUAUAUGGGCCCAUGGCUAUGGCUUUCGAGCCAAUACCCCCAUCUUGGUCAAACACGAGAACCGACCCUUUCGCAGGGAUACUUAUGAGUUGCUCCACGAACUGAUAGAUAGAAGUGGCCUGGAUGGGCGGGCCUGUGUUCUCAAGGCCUAUUGCACCGCCCUGGCCGGCGAUCAUGGUCAGGGAUUUCUGUUUAAGCUAUUGAAAUACGUAUUUACCCUGGAUGAGCACGACCAGCGGCAUAUGCCGCAUCUGCGGGAGGAGAACUGCGAACAAAUCAUGCACAGCCAUUGUCCCUUGAGUUUCGACAGCAUAUCACCAUAUACGGACGAUGUUUAA